UAAUUGCAAGUGUUCCAUUUGAAUGAUAAUAACGCGGAUUCUCAGUAACCUCCACUUCACUAGCUGUCCAGGAAUAGACGUCAGAUUUGACGUUGAAAUGACGACAAUAUAACGUCGUUACCAUAAACAACAGGCGACGGUAAGAUUUGGAAAUUCGAAAACAGAAAGUUGUCUCUCGAGCUGAAAUUAAUGAAAGAAGCGAAAACAGUUGGAACGUCGCAAGGAAGAAGCUAUUCUGAAUGUGAACUAGACGACCUUGGACAAGAAAUCCCGUCUUCCUCACAGUUUUAUCGUUUCUUCAACCCAGUUGUAGAAGGUGGAGAGGGCUCUCGUCUAUCUAGUCCAACGGAGGAGCUUCACAACUCAAGUUUUCUGGUCUACCAAAGAGGUUCUAAAGACAUUCCAAAUUUAUGUACAUUGCAAACAGAUGUCAGUGAUCUGCUUAAGGAGUGCCAUCAAACAACGUUACAAAACAGAAAAGAAAACACCAACCAAAAUCAUGAUGUUGCAUUGUUAGCUGAUGAAUACAUGAAGAUGAAAAAGGUAACUAAGGACAAUGAUAGACUAAUUAAUUACAGUGGAGUACAUCUUAAUAUGCAAGACAAAGAGUUGGAGGCAAUUAUAGCCUCUAUUGCAGAAUUAUGUGAUCUGAACGUUACACUGAUAAAAGAUGUGAGAGAAGCCAAAAACUACAACAGCGAAUUAGUAGAAAAGGCACGGAAGCACCGUGUCGAGCAUCUAAGUUAUGAAACAGGUGUCAUGAUGUUAGAAAGCGAAAAUAAAGAACUGAUACUGGAUAUUAAGGAAUUAGAGGAAGAUUUAGAGUCAGAUAAAGAAACAAAAAUCACGGGCAAAGCAAAUAUCACUGAGACACUUAGAGUUCAACUUGAACGUCUCCGAGCUGAAAUAAGUUUGGAAGAACAAAGAAGCAACCAGUUAGAGCAGAAUUUAGUAAGUGCAAAAGAUGAAUAUCGUAACGGUUAUCUCAGGGAGAACACAGUGUUCAGUUUUGAAGGAGUGCCCAGUUUCGGAACUGACAAAAUAGCAAAAUGCUUACAAGAUGCAGUAAAUAUAACUAAAGAAACAAAACCAAUCUACAGUUUAAAUGCUUACAGCAAACUUUUCCCGAUACCAGGAUCUAGGUCUGUGUCAGCUACGCCGAGGCCAGAAAAUAUUCCACAGCACCUGAAUAUCUUAGAAUCGCGUCCACCCACCUCCACUGGCAUUUCUGCUUGUUACCGAAAUGUGCACAAAAAUUUAGACGAUAAUGUUGUAUGUAAUGAUCUGUCAAAUCUGAUAGCAUCGUUUAAUGCCAUAGACAGUGGAAAAAGUGUAGACAGAAGCCAAGCUUUGUCUCCAAAUACGUCACAUCAAGUUAUAAGAUACCAGAAAACUGAUUGACUCUUUCUGUUGAUAUUAGUUUUAAUUGUUUUAUUUUAAGUAAACCUGUGCUUUUUAAAAUGAG